CUAAUAGUUUAAAAAAAUGCAUAGAUUCGAUGAUCAGAUUUUCACCUGUGGCUUCGAGGUCUUCGGAGAGGUGCAGGGCGUGAAGCUGCGCCGAGCGACCCGAUCUCUGGCGCUAUCAAACGGUGUACGUGGCUGGGUGAUGAACACGGAUCGUGGAACUGUCCAGGGGGAACUGGAAGGUACUCUGCCCAAGGUCAAUGAACUCAAGUUCUGGCUGCUCUGCUUUGGCAGCGAACGUGCGGUUAUCGAACGGGCCGAGUUCACGCCCACCAAGGAGAUACCUGUACAUCAUUUUGAAGACUUCACCAUACGCCGCCUUCCAUAUCAGAUCGAAGAUCACUAGAGAGCUAAGGAAAAGAGAGAGAGAGGGAAAGAGAAUUAUUGUUAUUGUUUUGGCGUUGACAAAAUUGAUUGAUUGAUGACUGAUGUAUUGGUAAACGUAUGUUUUGUUUAGCUUAAAAAUGAAAUAAACUUGGUGCAGAUCUUAACAAGGUU